UUUUCAGCUGUCAAUGGAAAAAUAUUGAUCUAUUUUUGUUUUUUUCGAUAACUUUCUAUUUUCUUAGGAAGUUAUUCAUAAUAAAAGGUUCUUCUUCUACUUUAUUGAUCAAUAAAGGUAUAUUUACAAUGUUUCGCCCCGUUCGAUCGAUCGUUUCGAUGCUACGGACUCCUAAUGUGAUUAAUAGGAUGCCUAGCGCUGUUUUUAUGUGUGACAAGCCUAUAGAUGUUGACUAUUCCUAUGUGGAAAUACCUCAUUAUGAUGUUGAAAAAUCACAAUCAUUGGAAACACGUAAAGCAAGGCUCAUGUACCAGUCCAGGAAAAGAGGAAUGUUGGAGAAUGACCUCCUUUUGAGCACCUUCGCAAAGAAAUACUUACCCUCACUCACUGAGGAUCAAACUAAAAUGUACGACAGGCUCAUCAACACCGUCAGUAACGAUUGGGACCUCUUCUACUGGAUGGUGGAGAAACAGCCCACGCCCAAGGAAUACGACAACGAAAUAAUGGACAUGCUGAAAAAACACGCCAAAAAUGAAGAUAAAGUAUCAUUACGUCAACCAAACCUAUAUUGA